AGAAAGUUUCUACUCGCGGGAAAGAUGGCGGAAAUGUGCAGUUUCUUCACUUUAUUAACACCAGCGACUCAAAAUAUCACCUUUUAAAAGCAUCGUCCAGUGUUUCUCUGCUUCUGUGUGUCACUGCUAUGAUUAUAUACAGUAUGUAAUGCUCUGGGGAAAGAGAGGAAUGCAAGAUGCAAGAAGAUUCAGUGCACUCCACCACUCCUGGUCAUAUGAUGCACAAUGAACCUGUCCCUCAAGAUUCCACAGUGAAGUCUUUUCAUUGUAGUCGCUGUCCACUCAGCUUCAAAUCCAAGGUCUUCCUUUUUGAACAUCUCAACAAUGUGCAUGACUACUCUGUGGAUGCUUCUCUCAGAGACGCUGGUUUAACUGGGAGUAACAAAGCCAGCAAUGACAAAAACAGUGACAGAACAAGAAGUACUUUUGAAUGCCAGCACUGUGAUUUUAAAGCUUGUUCUUGGGACGAUUUUAAAACACAUGAAACGUGUCACAAAGAAUCAGACAAUCAGAAUGUGAAAGAAAAGACGACAUCUAUCAUUUCUGCAAACCAGAAAGUUCCAGGGGCAAAAGAGAUUUCAUCAUCAGCUAUGUCUACCUCAAAAACUAAAUGCACACCCAACUCAUCAAAGGACCUGAAAACAUAUAAGAAGCCAAUUCAGACCAUCACAAAGUACUUUAAGGCAUCUGGAUCAAAUGGACUAUCCGCAGUGGGGUCAACUGAUAACCCAACACUUCUAGAUGGCACCAGAGAUAUGCUAAUUUUGCAAGAAUCCCCUUUAAGCUCCGGCCAAAAGAGCAGUGGGGUUUUUAAAGUCUCUGCAAAGCCCAUGAUUGAUCUCUCCGCAGUGUCUCAGCAGUUCUUGCUAAAUGACUACCUUCUAAAUGCUGACCUUACACCACCAACGCCUAAGGGACACAUCAAAGAAGCAGUUUUUAACAAUGCCGGCAAAAGGACAUGUAAUGAAAGCUUAAUAAGUUCCCCAGCCAAAAAAGUAAAGGUGGCAAGGGAAGGCAAGCAAGACUUAUUAAGCAGUGCAGAGUUUUCAUUUGAAGUUAGUGAGGAUGAGGAAGAAACCAGUAUUAAUCUUGUUAAUGGAGACAUGGAAAGCCCAAAAGUUUACUCUUGCAAGCACUGUGACUACAGUGAUGUGGGCAUCCAAGGUGUGUCUACCCAUUAUCAGAGUGACCACCCUUACGUAAGAUAUACAUCUGACUACAUUCAGGAUCCGAUUAAUCAGAGUGCUACCUUCCGUUGCCUGCACUGUCCAAUUGAGUUUGUAAGUGUAGCUAGCCUUAAGAAACACUACACAAAAAAUCAUCCCGAGGCCCCAAAUGUAUUCAAGAUGCAACUACGUGAACUCCAUUUGGUUUUCAAAUGUUUUCUGUGUUCCUUUACCAUUAAUGCAUUGAAGUCCUUGAGAAGACAUUACAAGGAAAAGCACCCAACACAUGAAGUGAAUAAUGCAUUGAUGUACUCCAAAUAUUUGGCAACCACAAGCCAGGAGGGGUCAUCUCAGUUGAAUGCAUGUGAAAAGACUUCCAGUUCAGAAAGGAUUUCUACUGAGAGCGCCCCAGUACCAUGCGAGGAAGUCAAAAAUGCACCCUCAUCGCAACAUGCUACGUCCAAAGGAGCAGAUGUAGUCUUGUUUCAAUGCAACAAAUGCAAGUUCAGUCAUAAGUCAGUUGUUGUUAUGCAUGUCCACUACCAAAAAAGCCAUCCAGAAGAAGCGAUCACAAUUGACAAAAUCAAACAAUCUUCUCUUGUCACAUCACAGACGAUCCCUGAAAAGAUGUCAGAGCCUCAAAAGUCUGUGAUAAUAACAGACAAAUCUACACCACAAAAGAAAAUCUCAGAUUCUCAGAUUCAGGAAACAAAAGAAAAAGCUAAGAUGCCACAACAGAAGAUUUCAGUUGCUCAGAUAAAUCUUAAGCACUUGCCAGAAACUUCAAAGACUCAUUCAGAGUCUCCCAAAACCAAGAAAGUGGAAUCUGCAGGGGACAGAACGCCUGCGAAACGAGACAGUAAAAUGUCUACUGAAAUGGAGCAUGUAUCCCCCACUUCACCAAAUGCAGUGUUUUACUGCCAGUUUUGCAGUUAUUCAAGUACCAAAAUAAAAAGUGUUGUUUGUCAUCACAAUGCAAAACAUUCUUUACACACACAAGUAGGUAUUCAAGAGAUCGUAAAGCAUAGCGCUGAGGUUCGGAAGAAAAAACUUCAAAGUGAAGCUAAAGCCACAGCAAGUGCAUCACUAUCUACUUCAGUGACAAAGUGUCAUGCUUUUGCACGUGCAGAGGACUUGUUUUACUGCCAAAAGUGCAACUAUGGAAAUCCAUCAUUAAAAGGAGUAACAACCCAUCAAUCCAAAUUGCACACAAGCUGUAAGUUUAGCACUGAAUCUGUUAUUGAGUAUACAGCUUUGAUUCGUGAUGAAAUUAAAAAAUCCAAAUCUCAAGCAAAGGAGUCCUCUAUUUCUACUGGUCUACCUCUUCCCCUUUUGAAUGAAGGCGAUGAACAUAUGUUUUUCUGCCACUUUUGCAACUAUCGGCAAAGUUCUAUGAGCCGUAUAGUGCAUCAUUACUCCAAAACGCAUUGUGGAUUUGUGUCAAAUGCUAAAGAAAUCCGUCUGCAUACUUCUAUGGUUCUUGAACAGACAAAGAAAUUGCCUCUGAAAGCAACUGCAAACCAAGAAGUCGAUCAAACACCCGUUAAGGAAAAGAGAAAUAAAAAGAAAAAAACAAAGGGGCCUGGCAAAUCCUCUUCAGUGUCAGUGUCGUCCUCAAAGAAAGCCUCACAAGCACAGAAGACCCUUCAGUGUCCUAGAUGCGCAUACAUCACUCAACAUGUGUAUCUUUUGAGGCGACAUACGCGGAAGAUGCACGGGUCACAUUUUAAACAAGGAAAUUUACAGUCAGGGUAUCACUGUGAAUACUGUGUUUUUUCCCACAAAAAAGCAACAAUAUUGGAUAAGCACUACCAGGACAAACACCCAGGUCGUAGACCAUGUGUUGACCUCAUAACUGCUAGGUCAAAUGUCGGUCCUGGAACAUCCACUCCUCUAAGAUCUGGAGAAAAUGAAACAGAAAUAUAUCCAUGCAGAGCAUGUUCAUUUAAAGGACGCUCAGUGUCAGGUAUCACAGACCACUACCGUUCUGUUCAUCCUUGGUCUGUGAAAGAAGAUGGCUCAGUCUUGGAUGUCAUCAACAGAAAGAAGCCAAGUGCAAAAAAGAAGAUGGAAGACCACAGUGAAAUAUCUGGGUCAUUUGAAUCCUACCAAGUGCCUCUUGAAUUUGACAACUCACUUGAUUCACCUCAAGAAGCAACAGAAUCUUCCACAGAGCUGAAAUGCCCUCACUGCCCAGCGCAGUUUCAUGCCGAUCAUAGUCUCAAAACUCACCUUGGAGUAGAGCACAGACAAAAUGUAACUGAAGAAGAACUGCAAGAAGAGCAACUACAAGUCCAGACAAAUGUGCAUAUCUUUAAAUGUCCACAUUGUAGCUACGUGAAUACCAAUUGUGAAGAAGUUUUCUGUCACUGUCUGAAGGAGCAUCCUACCCUUGAAUCCAGAGCAGACAGUCUUCAUGUCGAGGAAGAACAUUUGAACCUUCAGAAGGGCUGUUCGAAAGGAACAGAUCCUGAUGGCAUGUUGAGAUAUAUUGGGUACAUGUGUAAAACCUGCCCACAAAUCCAUUCAACGCUAGAGGAGCUGAGCAAGCACUGUGAGGAAGACCAUAAUCAAAGUGUGCCAAACACACCCGAAACAGCUCUCAAACCAGCACAGCAAUCUAAGACCCACAGGACUCAGGGAUCAGUAAAGCAAGGUUUCUCUUUUAAGAAGAAAACGCAUGCAGUGAUCAGUUGUCAGGUCUGCUUUUAUAAAUGCACCACAAAAGUUGCGCUCCGUCGGCAUAUGCACACUUACCACAACAAUACACCUGCUUCAUCGGCUCAGGAUUGUGCAUACAAAUGCGUAAUCUGUUCCAAAUCCUUUUCACAGACUAGGUGUCUUGGAUAUCAUUAUACUAGGAUACAUGGAAAAGAUGCCUUCCACAAAUACUAUGCACCAGUAUACCACAAUGUCCUCAAGAAGUCAGCAACUACAUCUGCAGAUCAUCCUUCAAACCACAUGGCAGAAAAUACUUCAGAUGCAUCUCAAUCCAGCACAGCGACAGAAAAAAACAAAAAAAAUGUCUUCAAGUGUCCAAAGUGUCCCUAUGUGAAUGCUAGCCACCAUGGCAUUCUCACUCACUGCCAAAUGGGCCACCCAGCCCUCGUAGCCAGGGCAGAUGAUCUGAAAACAAUUGAAAUACUUGUAACCAACAUGGUUGGUUGUAAGCUGGGAAAAAGCAGUAAUGAAAGAGGGUAUAUGUGUAAAAUAUGUCCACAAAUUCAUGCAUCAUUGAAGAAGCUGAAAAUCCAUUUAGAAAGGGACCAUGGAAAGGAGGGCUCCCACAAACACAACGCCAAAGGCAACAUGCCACAACCACCACCAUCAGUGCAAGAAAAAUUUAAGUGUGACAUGUGUGCCUAUUCAGGAGCAAGGCGAAGGUACCUGUGGAGACACUACAAAGUGAUUCACAAGCUUGAUGCACUUGCCACAAGCAGGCGGCUUGUGAAGUAUAAUAAACUAGGAACAAAGAUCAAUUACCUGCCUGAAGCUGAACCAGAUUCUGAGGAAAGUGGACAAAUUAAAUGUAAAAAGUGUCCCAACUUAGUAUUUUACUCAUUAGAGAUGCUUAGUACCCACUAUAGUACCUCUCACAGCUCAGAUUGCAAAUUGGACUUCAUUGUGUUAUACCCACUAUCAAAAAAAUAUAAAUGGGUUUACAAAUGUUGCCACUGCAAGAAACGGUUGAAUGGAAUUAAAAAUCUGUGUUUGCACAUGGAUUACCACAAGAGGAAGAAAACAAUGGAAAAUGCUGCAGAGGAAAUGGCUGCAAGGACAGAGGCAUCACUUGUUGAUACGAUGACACCAGAGGCCAAGUCCACUGAGCUCUGUGAGCAAGAUGAACUGCCCGCGUUAGAAACUGUGGAGAAGCCAGACCAAAGCAAUGUGACUUUGCCGACAAGUCCAUUGUCAUCACCUUCAAAACCAGCUGAUGUGGAGGAGCCAGACCAAAGCAAUGUGACUUUGCCGACAAGUCCAUUGUCAUCACCUUCAAAACCAGCUGAUGUGGAGGAGCCAGACCAAAGCAAUGUGACUUUGCAGACAAGUCCAUUGUCAUCACCUUCAAAACCAGCUGAUGUGGAGGAGCCAGACCAAAGCAAUGUGACUUUGCCGACAAGUCCAUUGUCAUCACCUUCAAAACCAGCUGAUGUGGAGGAGCCGGACCAAAGCAAUGUGACUUUGCCGACAAGUCCAUUGUCAUCACCUUCAAAACCAGCUGAUGUGGAGGAGCCGGACCAAAGCAAUGUCACUUUGCCAACAAGUCCAUUGUCAUCACCUUCAAAACCAGCUGAUGUGCAGGAGCCAGAGCCAGAAUCAAGAGAAGACAAACAUACUUGCAAACAGUGUGCUCUGACAUUCAUGUCACUGAAAGGUUUGCGUUGCCAUGAACGCAGCCAUGCAGCUGUGGCGGCCAUCAAGAAACUGGACAACCUGCCUACCUCAGCCUUAAAGCACACUAUUGACAAAUACGUCGUGUUCAAGUCUGGGACGCGGAGGCCUUUCCGGUGUAGCAUCUGUCCCUAUAAGACGACUGUCAUGGCCCUGUGGAAGAAUCAUUUUAUCAAAAGCCAUCAAGAUAUCAUCAUGAAUCCUGCUGAGACUGACAACCAAGAUACGGAGAACACUCAGAUGGCUGAGAAAGAGCCCCCUAAUUCAUCAGAGGAACUGAACAAUUUGCCUGAACCUGAUGAAGAACUGGAAAUUGGUCAAAGAUCAAUGUACUUGGAGCCCCCAGAGGUGCAGCGGCAGUUGAACCACUUCAGCUUGAUGGCAGAGGCUGGGCCCUCAUCUAAAGCGAAAGUACAAGACCCCAAGUUGCCUGUGAACGGUCUACUUCACUGCGAGUUCUGCAAUUUUACCACUGAACAUUCGUCCAGUAUACGACGACACCUCCUAAAUCGACAUGGAAAGAAGAUGCUCAGGUGUAAAGACUGCAACUUCUUCACUGGUUUGAGGAAAAAUCUGGAGAUGCACAUUGAGACGGGUCAUUCUACCUUCGAGUCUGGGCCCACUCAUCAGAAAGACCUUCGCUGCCCUUUCUGCCUCUACCAGACCAAGAACAAGAACAACAUGAUCGACCACAUCAUCUUGCAUCGUGAGGAGCGCGUUGUGCCAAUUGAGGUGCGUCGCCCGAAGCUGUCACGCUACCUUCAAGGCAUUGUCUUCCGAUGUCACAAGUGCACUUUUACAAGCGCCAGUGCUGAAAACCUGCAUUUGCACAUGAAGAGGCACGAUGACAUCAAACCUUACAAGUGCCGGCUGUGCUACUUUGACUGCUCUCAGCUAUGCAACUUGGAAGCGCACCUGUGUGAUAAGCACCAGGUUGUGAGGAAUCAUGCGCUUGUGGGUCAGGUCAGCCUUGAUCAACUAGAGGCAAGAGGUGGUAGGGCGCCAGAAGAAGAGGAGGAGGAAGAACCUGUGUCUAACUUGGAGAAAAACAAUGAGGUUGAAUAUGUAGAAACAGAGGAGUUAGUUAUGGACUGUAAUGAAGUUUCAGAUGACACACGUGCCAAGAACCCUGCAGUAAAUUUCCUAAGGGAGAGCAUGAAACUACAGAUACCACAAAGGCAGGGCAGCAGAAAAGCAAAUGCAGGAAGUCUCACCAGGCACUCUGCAUUUAUCCUUCAGUGUAAAAACAUUGCAAACCCAAAUGCUGCUGUCCCAGAGAAGCACGGGCAGGACCCACAGGAACGAACACAGAAUGAGAUGAGCUCGCCUGACGCUGCAAAAAGACAAGGGGUCGAAAAAAGAGCAGAACCAAAAGUGGCAGAAGAUAACGGUGCAGAUGUGCAUUUUGUGGAUUGCAGUUAUCCAGAGAAAGAGAGGCAGAUGAGUGAAAAACAGCUCGGAGGAAGUGUAGACAGCAGAAAAAUGGCAAUGCAAAAAAGGGAAGAGGCAGCAGAGGGGAGAAUAGCUGGAAAAGCACAGGCACGCAAGCUCCAAAUGAAGGCGUUUCAGGAUAGAACGUCGAACAUUGAGGCGAAGGUCGAGGACGACAUACUGCGUCAUAUUCUACUGCUCGACGACGAUGGCAGCAUCCACCGAACACCCAGGAAGGCCGGUUAUGAUAGACUGGUUAAGAUCGAGCAGGACAUUGAAAAUGAAGUUGUAGAAAAUGUUUUUAGUAAGAUCAUUUUACUCAAUGAAGAGGACAACAUCACUUUGGCCCAACACCCAAAAAAACAACCUGAAGACACAACUGCGGUAACUCCCAAGAAGAAUCAAGAGUGUUUCACAGCUGAGAGACAUUUGCUAAGUCUGACACCCAACAGUGCACAAGUUAAGAUGAGCCGUAAGAAACGAGUAGAUAAGGUUUCACACUGUAAAGAAGAACACGUGCACAAUCAGACAAACUGUGAGAAGCUCGAUUAUGGAGCAAUGCCUGUACUUGAGAAAGAACCUCUAAACGAGGAACCUCUCACACGCUGCAAAGAGGAAGAAGAAGGUGGUCGUUUGGAGAAGAGGCAGGACAGAGGAGACAAGGUGAUCACUGAAACCAACAAGAGUCGAUUGAAGGAUUGGGGACAUGCGGAGGGAAGCCGGAUGAAGGAAGCUGACGACCCAUGUGUAUCCGAAGGUGCAGUCACAGCUGUGGACGGAGCAGCUGAAGUCCGACACUCAGCCGUUACUGAGAAAAAACUGUUUACUUGUGAGUUUUGUGGACGAAACCUCACGAACAGCUGUGAACUGGAGCGUCACAUCCUGCGACACGGACUGUAGCGGUUUUCCUUUUACGUGACGGUUAUUAGAAGCCGCUUCCAUCGUCUAUAUCUGCGUGGAAAGCCAGAUUUUGUUUUCAAAGGCUGUCCUCGAUUUUCUUAACUGUACUAUGUAUUUUUCAACCAACUAUUGAUAAAUGAAAUUUUCAUGUUUUUGUAGAUUUUAAGAAUUUUCCAAUUGAAUGUUUUUCAUAUUUUACGGUUCUGUUGAUUCGAAUGUCUUAACACUGUGAAAUAUUGUUGCAUAUAAACUUUUUUUUUUAAUCAUCCUGUUCAUACCAAGAACUGGACCGACCUCAUUAGCAGCAGUGACUGUAGAAAUACUUGUGUUGCCUUCAAGUGCUGCUGGGUGUGCUUUUGAAUACGAGUUGUGUGUGCAUUGCUGUUGAGCAGAAAGCUAUAAUAGCGGUUUUUAGUUUGAUAUUCUAUUUAAAAGACAGGAUCCAUUUAUUAACUUUUUUUUUCUUUUUAAAUACAUCAUUCCAUUUUUAUUUUGAAUAAACUGAAAUUGU